UGCAAAGCGUCAGGGAGUUUCAGUGAGCUGGUUCUGUGAGUGACCUUGAUCCUCUCGCGAGUUCUGUGACAGUCCCGUUCGCAAGAAGCCGAACCCGUCAGUACUAAUCGAAUCAUCGUCGUAGAAAGUUACCGGAGCAACUUUCUGGUGCAAAGAAAAAUGAAGACCCUUGGCGUUCUAUUCAUUGCAGCGUGGUUCAUCGCAUGCACGCACAGUUUCCCUGGUGCACACGAUGAGGAUAGUAAGGAGGAAAGGAAGAAUGUGGACACUGUUCUCAUUCUACCAUCCCAUGAAAGGGAUCAAAUGAUGGCUGCGACUUUCGACUUCCCGAGUUUGAGCUUCGAGGACAGCGACGAGAGCUCGAACUGGAACUGGAAUACGUUGCUCAGACCUAACUUUUUGGAUGGAUGGUACCAAACGUUACAAAGUGCAAUUUCAGCUCACAUGAAGAAAGUGAGGGAGCAGAUGGCUGGCAUUUUGUCACGUAUUCCCGAGCAAGGUGUUGUGAAUUGGAACAAGAUUCCUGAAGGAGCGAAUACUACCUCUACCACCAAGAUCAUCGAUGGACACGUGGUAACCAUUAAUGAAACGACUUAUACCGAUGGUAGCGACGAUUACAGCACACUGAUCCGCGUCCGUGUAAUCGACGUGAGACCCCAGAAUGAAACAAUCUUGACAACGGUAAGCAGCGAAGCGGACAGCGAUGUAACCACUUUGCCUACACUUAUCGGAAAGAAUGAUACCAGCACCCAAUCUUCAAGGAGUGUAGAAAGCGUCGAAGAUUUUGACAACGAGAUACCGAAGAAUCAAGGAGAUGUAUUAACUGCUUAAAGCAGUCAAGAAAUAAUUUAAAAGGCAAUGUCAGAUUAAUUGAAUCCGAAAGAUCCAUUUUUCCUUAAUUUUCUAUGAAAAUCUAAUAAUUUUUUUUUUUUUUGUAUAUUAUAUCAUGUGUCUAUGUAAAAAAUUUUGAAGUUAUUACAUUUAUAGUUAUAAAAAUAUUUCUAUAAUCCUUUUUCGAAUAAAAUUUAUCCAUCUCAAAAUUUGUAAAAAUAAAUUUAAUCUUCCUUAAACCUAUAUGCUAUAUACUAUCCUGAUUAUAUCGUAAUGCAAUAUAAAUAGAUAUAAUAUAAAUAUAUACUAUAGUUGAAUCAGAUGGAAGUGAUAUAGUAAAUGAAUGAAGAGAAAGAAAGAGAGGGAGAGAGAGGGAGAGAGAGAAAGAGAGAGAGAGAGAGAGAAAGUAAAAAACAUAAGAUUUCCGUCCGCGAAGCUCUUUCGGAUUCAAACUGACAUUCGUGUACGAAAAUUGUAAACUAUCGUGAGACAAAAAAAAUGUUGAUUAUCGUAGAGAGUUAAUAGAGAUAUAAUAUACAUAUAUUUUAUGUUC